GUGUAAGAAGCAGGUGACUUGAGCACUUCACAUUUGUACACAUUGUUGUGCUCAACAAUCGAGUCGAUCAAAAUCAAAAGGAAUCUAAACCAAGUAUAACAAAUACAUUCUUCAAUAUGAGCGAUACACAGCGUCAAGUCAAGUUUGUGGCGGAGCAAGCGAUGGCCAAUCUGGUGGAGCACGCCAAGCGUCUUCAGCUGAGCAGUGUGUCGACCAUUCCGAGCAACGAUGAGAACAACUUUCGCAAAUCAUUGUCCUUAUCGAACUCAACCCCACCAACCACUGGCAAAAAGUCCAAGAUCAAUGUCAAUGCUUCUGGCAUUAGCGUUGGUGUCGGCGCCAGUGGUGGCGCCCAACGUAUGGCGCACCCAACUGCUCGCAAGCCGCGUAAAAUUGAAGCGGAACCAACACCGCCACCGCCAUCGCCACGGGAUCAAUGCAUGAUGGCCGAGCUGCGUGACGAAUACGAUCAGACCGAUCUGCUAAUUGAAAAGAUGCUGAGCGAUGCCACCAGCUUGAACGAGGACAUGAUAAACUGUUCGCAGCAUCAGCGUGAUCUCAAUUUGGUGCAGGAGAUCGAACUGGAGACGAACAGACGCUCGGUGGACACACUGUUUGAAGCGUUGAGCGCUGAAUGCGAGCGCCCUGAUCUCAGGGAUGUCAUGCGGCGUUGCUGCAGCGCUUUGGAACGCUCCAAGGAGCGUGUCUGCUGCCCAAUUAAUAGCGAUCUCCAAACCAUGAACACAGCCUCCACUGUGGAAGACACAACUGACAAUAAGACAUGGCCACAAAUUUAUUACAACGGGGAGGAAAACCUCGAGAAUGAGUUGCCACCACCCGGUUAUCUGACUGAUCUGGAGCCCCUCGAAGCGUCCGUAUGCCCAUCUAAACGCCAACUGGACGAAAUAUUCAAUCACACCACUCCCACCAUGGACAUGGAUAUGUCCGUGGUCGAGUUAAUCACUCCACAGACUUAAUAGGUUUCUCACAUUGCAAUUGUCGCUAACAAUCAAUAAAGGUUUCGAUGCAC